AUGGUUAAAAAACCACGUGUUGCUAUUAUCGGCGCCGGUUCAUCAGGGUUAGCAGCCUUAAAACAAUGUCUCGCUGAUAAUUUGGACCCAAUAUGUUUCGAACAAACAUCUUAUGUAGGAGGUCUUUGGAAUUUUGUUGAAAUUGAUGAUGAAAAUAAGGAUCCACAUUCAUCAGCUUAUAAAAGCCUUGUUAUUAAUACUUCAAAAGAAAUGAUGACAUUUUCGGAUUUUCCAAUCCCUGCGGAGUGGCCAACUUACUUACAUAACUCACUUGUCGCAAAGCCAUACAUUAAAUUUCAUACAACUGUUGCUCGUGUAUCUUAUCUUCCUGAUCAUCGCUGGAAAGUUAAAUAUAUUACUUGUGUAGAUAAGGAUCAGAAUCAAAAUAGUGAACAUGAAGAAAUAUUUGAUUAUGUUAUGGUUUGUAAUGGACAUCAUAGGAAGCAUAGGUGGCCUAAAUAUAAAGGGAUGGACGAAUUUAAGGGUGAACAAACUCAUUCACAUUUUUACAGGCGUGGAAUUGAUAUUGCUGUUGAAUUAUCUCAUAUCGCAUCACAAGUGUACUUAUGCGUUCGUAGAGGAACACUCCCGUGGAUCAUACCCCGUUUGAUCGGUGGAAAACCAGUUGACCAUUUAGCAAAUCGUUUUUCUACCUACUUUCCAAAUUCUCGUUCGACUUUCACAAAACUUAUCGUUCAGACUGUAGGUCCCCAUCCACCAUCUCUCCAACCAACCGUUCCAUAUUAUUCUUCACAUCCAACUGUAAAAUCGGAUUUUUUUGAACGUCUCAGUACCGGCACUAUUAUUGUAACAAAAAACAUUUUGGAAUUAAUGCCUGAUGAAACAAAAUCAAUUAAAUUUGUUGACGGUUCUACUGUGGAAAAUAUUGAUGCGAUAAUUUAUGCGACUGGUUAUAAUAUAGAUUUUCCAUUUUUAGAUAGAGAAAUUGUUAAUGGUGGUCCAGAAAUUGAACAAGAAUUUGAAGAUGAAUAUAAAGAAAACUUGUCAUGGAUGUAUAAGAUGAUGUUUCCGCCAAAUUUUCGUAAUAUCGCAUUUAUUGGUUUAAUACAGCCAGUUGGUGCCAUUUUUCCUAUCACCGAGAUGCAAUCUCGUUACGUGACGAGUUUAAUUAAAGGUUUCAUUGAUCCACUUCCAUCGCCUCAAGACAUGAAUACCGCAAUUAAAAAUUAUCAUAAUAAACUCAGAAAGCGAUAUUAUCUAUCAGCAAGACAUACAAUUCAAGUUGAUUAUCUUACUUACCUUGAUGAAUUGAGUCAGGAUUUAGGUUGUUAUCCUUAUUCUUUAGAGAUAUUAAAAAAUUUUGGUUUUAAUAUAUGGAAACUCGUUAUGUUUGGAUUAAGAACUCCUGUUCAGUAUCGCUUACUUGGAAGACAAUGCUGGGAGGGUGCUAAAGAUGCGCUCAUGAUUUAUAAUCAAGUAAACCCAAAUUAA